UUAGCAACAUGGUGCUUAAUCAAACAAUUCUAUUUUCUACGUAACUUUUAAUGAGAGAUUAGCGAUUCUAAUCUCUCAGAUGCUCAUUCUGUCAACUGAAUGGACUUUAAGCUUUAAAUGUUUUUCUCAGUUUUCUCUCCCUCAGUCAUCUACCCGUAAACUACAAAGCUAGCUUAGCUUAGCAUUCAACCUGGAGAUAUGAGUGGAGAAACAGUCAAAGUUGCUGUUUGAUGGAGUGGUUGUAGUCUUCUCCAGAACGAAUAAGCCAUUAUAACUGUGUGAAAAUGCCAGGAGUCGAGACACUGAGAGAUUUUUUUAACCAGAGACUGACUGCUGCUGCUGAAGAGAUUUUUGGAGUCUUUGAAAGAACGAUAGCAGAAUACGAGGAACAACUUUGUCGAUGUAAAGAGGAAGACGAGCGAAAACAAAAACUUCUGGACGAUGUUCACCUUCGCUUUCACAGAGCAGACAACCAGCAACUGCAAGUGACUCAAGAAGAGGUUCCUUUUAAGCAGCAGGAGUGGAGCUCUAGUCUGGACCAAGAGGACGCUGAGCCUCCACACAUUAAAGAGGAAGGGGAGGAACUGUGGAGCAGUCAGGAGGGACUGGAUGAGGCUUAUACCAUCAAGUUCCCCUUUGCUCCUGUCUCAGUGAAGACUGAAGAUGAUGAAGAGAAACCUCGGUUCUCACAGCUUAAUGAAAUACAAAGUGAAGGGAUGAAAACGGGAGCUGAUGGAGAGGACUGUGGUGGACCAGAGCAGACCAGGAACUCAGAACCAGAGAGACAUUUACAUUCAGAGAGUCAGGACAAGACUGAAGACUGCUCUGAAGCUGAAAUUGAUGACAGUGUCAAGAAAUCACACAGCUGCUCUCAGUGCAGUAAAACAUUCAGAAGAAAAUAUGAUCUUGCUGAGCAUAUGAGAACACACCAAAAAGACAAACCCUUCAGCUGCUCUGACUGUGGUAAUAGGUUUAAGUAUAAGUCAACUCUGACUAAACACAUGGUUAUCCACACAGGAAAGAAACCCUUCAGCUGCUCUGAGUGUGAUAAAAAGUUUUUCCAAAAGAUUCAUCUGAACACACACAUGUUGGUGCACACAGGAGAGAAACCCUUCAGCUGCUCUGAGUGUGAUAAAAAGUUUAUUCUCAAGUCUCAGCUGAUUACACACAUGGUGAUCCACACAGGAGAGAAACCCUUCAGCUGCUCUGAGUGUGAUAAAACGUUUUACCACAAAUCUCAUCUGAAUAGACACAUGUUGGUCCACACAGGAGAGAAACCCUUCAGCUGCUUUGAGUGUGAUAAAACGUUUUGUCACAAGUCUUAUCUGACUUCACACAUGGUGAUCCACACAGGAGAGAAACCCCUUAGCUGCUCUGAGUGUGAUAAAAAGUUUAUUCACAAGUCUCAGCUGACUUCACACAUGUUUGUCCACACAGGAGAGAAGCCCUUCAGCUGUCCUCAGUGUGAUAAAAAAUUUAGCCACAAGUCUAAUCUGACUACACACAUGCUGAUCCACACAGGAAAGAAACCUUUUAGCUGCCCUCACUGUGAUAAAAAGUUUAACCAAAAGUCUCAGUUGACUAAACACAUGGUGAUCCACUCAAGAGAGAAACCCUUCAGCUGUGAGCUCUGUGAUCAGAAAUUUUCACGGUUUACUCAGGUAAAAAACCACAAGUGUACCAGUGGCCAGAUUUCAUCAAAUAAAAGAAGAAGAGCUAAUGAGUAGGACUAUGUAAGAUGAGAGCCAGGCAGUAACUCAGAUAUUUAAAAAGAUGUACAACAAGAGCCUGGAGAUGAAUAAGAUGAUUGGAGGGAGAUCAGAGAACAUCAGUCAAGUUUAAACUCUAAGCCUGCUAUACUCAAUCCUGCAGCUACUCCGCUGCACAUAGCUCUUAUUAGGAUGCACAGAUGUAUCAGCUUAACAUCAGUGUUGGCUGAUAUUAUCCCUGUUUUCUACAUAUGCAAAUAAUAUAGCAGGAAUGUUUAUCGUUCAGUGUUUUUCUGUUGUGCCUGAUGAACUGUAUGCUUGCAUAUGACUUAUCUAGCUGAUGAAUUAACUAAACCAAUGCAGUUUUCAUAUUCUCAAAUGUGCAUUGUUUUAAGGGAAGAAUAGGAUGUUUGUGGAUUGGAAUGUUGGAUUGCACCAAUAUUUUAUUCAGUGUGGCCUCUGAGCAGGGCAAGGUUGAGCACAAGUCCUUGAAGAAAUUCUGUUUAUGUCAGCAAUAAAAUAUAUAAUCAUAAACACAUCUGCUAAUUUUUGAUUUUAAAAAAAGCCAAGAUGGCUUAGGAGUGCUGCUUUCACAUAUUUGUGAGUAUCAAACACAGGUGCACUUAGGUCUCAAGGAAAAGUUCAUGAUACCAAAAUAUGACUUGGAAUUUUAAAUUGUGAAUUUUUAUGAUUAAAUAUGAUAUGAAAAUGUCAAAAUC